GAUUACCGUAUUUGUCUCACCUUCUCAACUUCUCACCUUCUCAACUCCUUCGACUCAAUUUCUUUCCUUUCUGAUUCUUCGUUCUUUACCUACUGAGCAACAAUUGUUCAGAGGGCCGAAGUUGGUGAAUGAAUGAGAUCAAUGCAUUGAAUGCAUCAUCUAAAUCAUUUAGUAUCUUGUGGCUCUAAGGAAAGUAAGUAUUGCCGUAAGCUGCACGCGGGUUAAUACUUAAACUACGAUUUACAACAACUCCUGGAGGAAUCUUUCUGUACAUCAUCACAGGGAAGCUAGCCAUGAUGGAUCUUUCACUCACCGUGGCUUUUAUCCUAAACGGAUUCUUUUGGGCUGUGAUAAUUGCAACAACUAUCUCAGCGGUAUAUGUGAGUGUCCUUGCAUGAUGCAAGUAAUCUAAGCUGACCGCAUCAUAGCUGACAAGUCUCACGAUCUAUCGUCUGACAUUUCAUCCUCUCGCAAAGUAUCCUGGUCCAUUCCUUGCGAAGAUCACGGAUUGGUACUCAGUAUAUCAUGCAUGGAAAGGCGACAGACAUCUGGAGUUUUAUAGGUGUCAUGAGAAAUAUGGUAAAUAAUUGCGUUCCUAGGGAGAAAUCAAUGAUGCUAAUUUUUAAGGAUCGGUAUUUCGAUUUGGCCCAGAUAGCCUUUCAAUCAAUUCUAACACGGCUUUAAAAACCAUCUAUGGCCAUAAGUCAAAUGUCAAGAAGUCUCAAUUCUACGCGGUGUUUCCUCCAACCAAGGAUACAUUCAACACUCACAGCAGCAUCGACAAAGCUAGUCAUGCAAGAAAAAGAAGGGUUCUCUCCCAUGCGUUUUCAGACAGUGCUAUCAAGACCAUGGAGAAGUACAUUUUAGCAAAUGUUAGAACUUUCUGUACUAAUCUUGGUCAACCAAAAGCAUCAGCAGAAAAAUCAACUGGUGGAUGGAGUGUCGCCCAGAACAUGUCUGAUUGGUGUAACUACUUGACAUUUGAUGUCAUGGGUGAUCUUUGUUUUGGAAAAGCAUUUGAGAUGUUAGAAAAUUCAUCUAACCGUCACGUGAUUGACUUGAUUGGAAACGCUGCUCACACUCACUUAAUUGUAAGCACCCAAUCCAUGGAGUAAGAAGAUAUACUAAUCAUCUAGACUGGUACAUACCCUAUAAUUAAGACUAUUGGUUUGAGCAAAAUUCUCUUUCGUAAGAUCUAUGCCCAGAGAAUGAAGUACAUGGCCUACAGCAGAGCUCAAGCUUCCGAAAGAACAAAGAUUGGACUUGAUACUGACCGCAAGGAUUUCUUUUACUAUCUCCUCAAUGCUCGUGAUUCAGAAACCGGACAGGGAUUUACUACUCCAGAGCUUUGGGGUGAGAGUAAUUUACUCAUUAUCGCUGGAUCUGAUACCACUUCAGCGGCUCUUGCGGCCGCUUUCUUCUACUUGGUUCACAACCCCGAUAAAUUAGACAUUCUCACAAAGGAAAUCCUGUCCACCUUUUCCGAUCUGGAAGAGAUUCAUUCAAGUCCUACACUCAAUGGCUGUACGUACUUAAGAGCAGUUAUUGAUGAAUCCAUGCGCCUUUCACCACCCGUCGGCGGCAUUCUUCCCCGCGAGGUUCUUCCCGGUGGAAUCGACAUCGAUGGUCUCCACAUUCCAGCCGGCUACGUAGUCGGAACUCCUCAUUACACCAUCCACCACAACCCAGCCUACUACCCCUCACCCUUCACCUUCCUCCCCGAACGAUGGAUCCCUUCUUCCGCUCCCGGAAUCACAGCAGAUUCAGUAGCACUUGCUCAAAGCGCCUUCUGUCCUUUUAGUAUUGGUCCUCGAGGAUGCAUCGGAAAAGGAGUCGCAUACGUAGAGUUAAUGACGAGUUUGGCUAGAGUGGUUUUUAUGUAUGAGAUGAGGAUGGCGAAGGGAUAUACGGUUGGAGAAGGAAAUGAGAAUUUGGAGGUGGGAAGACAGAGGAGGGGUGAGUUUCAGUUGAGGGAUAGUUUUACGAGUAUGAAGGAUGGCCCUUAUGUGGAGUUUAGGGACAGGGCUAAGUAAGGGAUUGUUGGGGUGGACUGGUGUGUGAAAAGAAAAAACUUUUUUUCGUCUAGUGGGGAAGGGUUAGGGGGUGAACUGGGAGUUGGGGCGGAAGGUAACUAAGGCAUUUCAUGGCGAAAUUGUACUUUUGGUCGAAUGUAUCGUCUUUUUCAAUGAGUUUUACGCAGCUUCAUUAACGCCUGUUGAGCUCUCGAUCUCCAUCGUGAAGUAUGACAUAGUGCACGACGAUUAUUCCUCUGAUUA